AUGAUUCAAAUCUCAAAAAGAUCUAUUAGAUCUAUAAAUAUUCUUGUUGGUAUUAGAUGCUUAUCCAAUUCAUAUAGAUUAUUAAAUUCUAGAAUAAACAUUAAUGGUAAUUCCACUUCAUUAGGUAUUGAUAAAACAGUAGAACAUAAUAUUAAAUCUGAAACAAAUAGAUUAUCGAAAACAAAUUCAAGAUUUUGGGAUAAAGGAAAUGUUUAUUAUAAUCCAAAAACUGAAAAAUAUGAAAUUCAACUAGAUGGAAAGACAUUACGUACUCCAUUAGGUUUCCCAUUAGAAUUACCUAAAAAUAAAAAACAAUUGGCUUAUUUAAUAGCUCAUGAAUGGACUAAUUUGCCUAAUAUUUCAGUUAAAUCAAGUACUCUACCAUUAACAAAUUUGGCUUCAAGAGUUAUAGACUUGGAAAAUAAAGAUAAGAGUGAUAAUAUAGAGAAAAAAGAAAAUAUGUUAGCUUUGGAAGAAGUUAAGUUAAAUAUGUUGAGAUAUUUAGAUACUGAUACAUGUCUUAUAUUUGCACAACAUAGAGAUUGUGAUGGUAAGUUACGAAAAAGACAAGAUGAGAUACAUAAACCAUUAAUCGAAGAAUUUAAUGAAUUUUUCACUAAAUGGGGGCAUAAACAAAAUUUAAUAAAAAAAGAUGAAGAAAUAAGGUUGAAUUAUUUAGAUUGUGAGACCGAUGGUUUAAGAGGUAACAAACAAGGUGAAAAGACACAACAAGUGGUAUUAGAUUGGUUAGAUCAUUUACCAAUAUUCGAUAUAAUUGCAUUAGAAAAGACAAUUUUUACAACAAAAUCUUUUUUAUGUGGUAUUACCUUAUUAAGAUCAAAUUCAAUAACACAUAAAGAAAUAUAUCAAUUUAAUAAAUCAACUCCAGAUGAAUAUUAUUAUAAAUCAUUACAAGAAUUAGUUGAAUUAGGUAAUUUAGAAACUAUAUUACAAACUGAUCAAUGGGGAGAAGUUGAAGAUACACAUGAUGUAGAUAAACAUGACUGGUUAAGAAACUUAGCCAGUGCUGCUUUAUUAUGUCAUUAG